CCAGCCUGGUUUUUCUAAAUUAAAGUUACUUCUUUUUUCUGCUCAACCACCCAAUAUGUUACUUCUAUAUGUAUUUAUGCCAAGAUUUCACAAUCUUAAAGUCAACUGUUUAGACUGCCCAGUUGGAACGUCUAUCCUCAGUAGACAAAAGAAAAUGUCAAAAGCCCCUUACAGAUGAGAAAAGGACAGGUUGAUAACAAAUGAGAGACAAUAUGCUCUGGAGAUUAUUUUUUGAAUUUUGAUUAGAAGGUUGGACUAAUAAUAGAGAGAGUUGGCAGCAGGCACCAUGUGUUGAAAUUUAAAGCAAAGAAUGAUAUAGUCAAUUAGAAAAUAGUUUUAUAUAUGUGUCUCUAUAAUCUAUCUGGUUCUACUUAAGAACUGGAAAUGUGUCUUGUCUUGAAACAACCUGAUGUAGCUGCAGCCUACAAAUAGGUGUUUUUUCUGCUUUAGACUUUUGUUUUCUCAGCUUGUAGUCAUGGGAGGCAGUUACUUCUUGAUCAUCCUUCUGUUGAACUUUCUGCAGCUUCUUUAUCCUUCUGUUUCACUUCCUUUGUGUACUGAUUCAAGGGCUCCUUUCCCUCAAAAGACUCCUUUGACUUUCUGCUCUUACAAUGGAACUUCAUGCUGCAAUUCCGGUGAUGAUAAACAAUUGAAGACCCGAUUUGAUGCUAUGAAUAUUUCUGAUUCUGGUUGUGCUUCUCUUGUAAAGUCAAUCCUCUGCGCGAAAUGUGAUCAAUUUUCAGCAGAUCUCUUUAGUACUAGUUCUGCUCCUAGACAACUUCCUAUACUGUGCAAUUCCACAAAUACAGCAAAUUCUAAGCAAACUAGACAAGUUACGGAUGACUUUUGCUCUAAAGUAUGGACUACAUGUCAAAAUGUAUCCAUCAUGAAUUCUCCCUUUGCUGCUUCCUUGAAAGGUCAAGCUCCAACACCUGUAAAGUCCAAUUCCACCAAGAUGACAGAUCUAUGGCAAUCACAAGACGAUUUCUGUAAUGCAUUUGGAGGUGCUGCUUCUGGUGUUGAUGGAUCAGUAUGCUUUGCUGGAGAACCUGUUACCUUAAAUACAACUGUACCUCCAAGUCCUCCAGGCGGUUUGUGCCUCGAGAAAAUAGGAAAUGGUAGUUACCUCGACAUGGCUGCUCAUCCUGAUGGCUCUAAUCGUGCCUUUUUCUCGAAUCAGCAAGGAAAAAUAUGGUUGGCUACCAUUCCAGAAGUCGACUCUGGAAAGGUCUUAGAGCUUGAUGAAACAAAUCCUUUUCUGGAUCUAACUGAUGAAGUUCAUUUUGACACUCAAUUUGGUAUGAUGGGGAUUGCAUUUCAUCCAAAAUUUUCGCAGAAUGGCCGUUUCUUUGCUUCGUUCAAUUGCGAUAAGCAAACAUGGCCUGGAUGUGCGGGAAGAUGCUCUUGUAACUCGGAUGUGGAUUGUGAUCCAUCAAAACUACCUUCUGAUAGUGGUUCACGGCCAUGUCAAUAUCAAUCAGUUAUAGCAGAAUUUACUGCUAAUGGGACAGCAUCCCAGUCUUCACUGGCAAAAACUGCCAGCGCGGAAGAAGUCAGAAGAAUAUUCACGAUGGGCCUUCCUUUUACAUCUCAUCAUGGAGGACAGAUUCUUUUUGGACCUAAAGAUGGUUAUUUGUACUUCAUGAUGGGUGACGGCGGAGGUACAGGAGAUGCUUACAAUUUUGCUCAAAACAAGAAGUCAUUGCUUGGAAAGAUUAUGAGAUUUGAUGUCGAUAGCACACCAAGUGCUGAGGAUAUUAGCCAGCUUGGUUUAUGGGGAAACUACACCAUUCCAAAGGAUAAUCCUUAUAUUGAAGAUAAAGAGUUGCAGCCAGAAAUAUGGGCACUAGGAAUGCGAAAUCCUUGGCGCUGCAGCUUUGAUUCUGCAAGGCCAUCUUAUUUCAUGUGCGCAGAUGUAGGCCAGGAUCAUUAUGAAGAGGUGGAUAUAAUCACCAAGGGAGGAAACUAUGGCUGGAAUCUGUACGAGGGUGCCCAUCCAUUCGCUCCUCCAAAAUCACCUGGAAAAAACACAUCUAUGAGCUCAAUAAACACAAUUUUCCCAGUCAUGGGUUACAAUCACACUGAAGUAAAUAAGAACGAAGGAUCAGCCUCAAUCACUGGUGGAUACUUCUAUAGGUCCACGACUGAUCCUUGCAUGUCUGGAAGGUAUCUGUUUGCGGAUUUAUAUGCAGGUGCAAUGUGGGCAGGCACUGAAAGCCCUGAGAAUAGUGGAAUAUUUAACACCACGGAAAUUUCAUUCACUUGUGCUGGGAAUUCUCCGAUAAAUUGUGCCUGGGUUCCAGGAAGUUCAGUUCCAGCUCUGGGCUACAUAUUCUCAUUUGGUGAGGAUAACAAUAAGGAUAUAUACCUCCUCGCGAGCAGUGGCGUAUACAGGGUUGUUCGUCCCAGUCGUUGCAAAUACACUUGUGCAAAGGAAAAUGCUACUGACAUUGGCACACCAGCUCCUGCUACUUCCCCUCCUUCAGCAGCAGUUAUGUUAACAGGUUCAUACAAGAAUUUAGUACUCCUCAUGUUGUCCUUUUUGUUGAUGGUGGUCAGUUGAUACCAGUAUGCUGCUUAAGCUAUUUUAUGUAUAGAGGAAGUCAAUAGGCCACUUUGUUAAGUAUUAUACAAUUAUGCUCUUUUUACUUUCUUUCAGUUCAUUGCAUGAGUAGUAUCUAUUGUUUCUGGAAUUUUUGGCGAUUGGAUGUAAUGACCACCUUUUAGAAGGCAAUGAUGGCCAACAAUUUAUAAGGAUUAUGACCUAAUUUAUCAUCAAUAAAUUAUAGUA